AACAAAUAGAGGAAAAAGAAAACCCCUGCAGCCUCCUGUUCCUCAGCUCUGCACUCUCUUGGCCUUCUUGGCCUCCAUGGCAGCCAGAGCUUCUCUCUCUCACAAACACAACCAACCAUCCCUGUCUAUGCUCUGCUCUCUCUAACACUACCUUACCAUUCCUCUGUGCUUUUAAUAAUUCGUCUACUGCAUUCCUAAAACCCAUUUGAACAAACAAACCCAAUAAGUAUUAUCAACCCAGAUCACUAAUCAUCCAUCAGAGUUUACCAUUAAUUGAACAAUGAAUUCUGAUCAAGACCCAGUAAGUUUGUCGUCUUCAGGUGCGGCACCUGAUCAUCCUCUGCCAAUGGAGAAACUUUAUGACCAAGGCCCCCCACCAUUUCUCACCAAAACUUAUGACAUCGUUGAUGACCCAACAACCAAUGAUAUAGUUUCUUGGAGCAGAGACAACAAUAGCUUUGUUGUGUUGGAUCCCCAGAAAUUUUCCAUGAGACUUCUCCCCAGAUACUUCAAGCACAACAAUUUCUCUAGCUUCGUCAGGCAGCUCAACACCUAUGGAUUUAGAAAGGUUGAUACAGAUAGAUGGGAGUUCGCUAAUCAAGGGUUUCUCAGAGGGCAAAAACAUCUUUUGAAGAAUAUCCGGAGGAGGAAGACAUCUUACCAUCCUCAGGCUUCACAGAAAGCUUUGGACUCUUGUGUUGAAGUUGGAAAGUUUGGAUUGGAUGGAGAGAUUGACCAGCUGAGGCGUGAUAAACAGGUUUUAAUGGGGGAACUAGUGAAGCUUAGACAACAGCAGCAAACUACUAGAGUUUACCUCCACGGAAUGGAAAAUAGACUGAAGAGGACAGAGAUGAAACAGCAACAUCUGAGGAAUUUCUUGGCAAGAGCAAUGCAGAAUCCCAACUUUGUACAACAAUUGGCACAACAGAAGGACAAAAGGAAUGAACUCGAGGAAGCAAUUAGUAAGAAGAGAAGGCGGCCUAUUGAGCAAGGGCCUAGUAGUUUUGAGGUGGAUGAAUUAGGCCAAGUUGGAGUAGAAACUUUUGUUAAAGUUGAACCUCAGGAAUACGAUGACAUAUCUGAUCAUUUUGAAAAUCCGGAGUUGGACACAUUUGCUAUUGACAUGCAGGGUAUAACUGGAAGCCAAAAUGUUCAUGAUGAGGAAGAAUGUAUGGAGAAGGAAGAGGGAAAUGAAAGUGGAAGCAAAGACCCGGGUAACAGUUUCUGGCACGAAUUGUUGAAUGAGAGUAUUGAUGAAGAAAUUGGGAUGCUAGGUGGUCAAGAAGAAGAUGAGGAUGUCGAUGUGUUCGUCGAGGAGCUUGUUUACUUGGCCUCCAGUCCCAAGUAAAGAAGAUAAGGAGCUUUCAUAAAUGUUUUCUUCAAGAAGUUCGGUAGGAGACGCUCAUCAUUCAAAAAAUCUUGAAGUUCCUAAAUGGUUUCUUAAUUGGAAUUGAAGAGUGAAUGGCAACACUUUAACACUGAUAAAUUACACUGAUGAAGCAAAACAGAAAACAAUAUUCCAAUGCAAACUGGUUAGGUUCUGGGAUUUUCCUUCAGUGAUGGUACUUUUAGGAUCUCUUAAAUUUCCGGGUUUGCUUUUAGAACUGCUCUAAUUUCCUUUCUUGUCCACAGUCUAAUUGUGUUCCUGCCAGUGGUAGGAAAUUAAAGGUAUGUAUUUAUCUGAUAGAUCAUUAAUCUUGACAUUCAUGACCUUAAAAUCCAGUUGGAGAUUGCACCCUUGAGAUCAUGUUCUGCUUAAUUUGUAACUGACUG